UUGUUUACAUUACCUCCAAAAGUGUGCGGAUUGCAUUGUGCCAACAUCAUUUAAGUUCUUAUUCUAAAACGGCAUGGUGUGUAUUGAGUGAAAUAUCCAAGUUUGUAAAGUAUUUCGUGCAGUGCAGUGCUUGCGAUGUUUGUUUUGUGAGGUUUUGUACAAUUUGCUACCGAACGAUAAUGGAUGAAUCCUCGGAAGAACUGAAUUUAGUCGAAUUCAACAUCAUCGAUAACAUCAUUGGAUCGGUUGUGGACGAUUUGUUGUUGAAGGAUAACACCAAUGUUCACCCGUACGAUUACAAUGCACUGGCAAGCUUGCUUCUACCUCUAUGCCGUUUCUGUGCACGAGAAAAUGCCCAAAUGGUACACAUAUCGGAUGUUCACCUGCAGAUAAUAAACGAUUUGCGAAUACCCGAAACACACGGGACAAACGUGUGUACCAACAUCUGUGGCAGGUGCAAUGGUUUCCUGGAGGAAUUUUGCAAGUUCCGCUCGGUGUGUGAAGAAGGACAGAAGCGUAUUGCAAUUCUGCUGGCGGAACGGCACGGUAUGCCAAAUUUUGUGGAUCUCAAGAUGGAUUUUACAGUUGCGAGCAGAGACGUGCUGCCACCUGGUGUGCUGGGCGAAUCAACUACUUCAAAAAUGCUGAAUUCUAUACAAACUCCCGAACCUGGGUUGAUGGAAUUGGUAGACGAUAAUGCAGCUUUAGACCAUGUGGAGUGUGAACGUCAUGAUUACACAGAAAGUUUUUUAAUUUUAGCUCCAAUUGCUCCUGUUGUACCAGCACAAAUCAGUCCUCAGCUAGUAGAGGCAACGCAUUUCCUGGAACGGGAGAUUGUGUUUGAUGCAAACCAACCAGAGGCCAGCCAAUACGCGGCGCUCUCUUUGGAAGAGUGCAACUUUAUUCCUCAACACGAACAGCAAAGCUUUAAAAACUUGGUAGAAAACAUCGAAAACACCAGCGAUGCUUUAGAACAUCCGUCGGAGAACAAAGCUCAAUCGAACGAAUCGGCAGUGAGUAACUCGAAGAAACCGGAAGCUCGCAGACGCGUUGUAGAUGGACGCCUGCAAUGGGUGUGUCUAGACUGCGAAAAGGUGUUUGGAAGUUGUUUUCAGCUAAAGAAACAUCGACGAAACUGUGAGUUGGUGGGAAGCAAAACAUCAAAGCGGAUCGCAACAUUAGUCUGUGAUAUUUGUGGCGAAACAAUGUCCACCGAAUCGGCCCUUACCAUGCACAGGCGUAAACACGAAGUAAAAACAAGUGGUCCCACUGUAAAGUCGGUUUCUGGCACAAAGCUGGAACUUACCGUGUGUCACGUAUGUGGACACACUAGCAAAUCGAGGCGUGCGUUACGAUUGCAUCUAAUUACCCACAACAGCGAUAAGAACGUGGAGUGUCCGGUCUGCAGUAAACGGUUCAAACGCCGACGAGAUCUGCGCAACCACCUGGACGUACACUCCGGAAGGAAGUACGAAUGUAAUGCAUGUGGUAAGAAGUUUUUAACGAAAGUUACGCUGCGCAACCAUGCUAAAACGCAUCGCGAUAGCUGCCUAAAGCACGAAUGUACCGUUUGCACCCGGCAGUUUGUUCAUCCGUAUCAGCUACAGAAGCACACGCUAAUCCAUUCGAGUGAGUAUCCUUUUGUGUGCGAAAUUUGCAAGGCAGUGUUUCGCACGCAGGGACGUUUCAAGCGCCACGUGCAGAAAGGCCACGCGUUACCAACCAGCAACAUGAACAUUAUCGAACAGACCGAGCUGAACAGCUGGGACGAUCUGAUCGAGUACCAACCGGAGGUAGUUCCGUGUGAGCUUUUGGAUGAAACGGUUUCGGAAGAAAUGCCGAUUAGGACCGAUCCGGUCUGCGAUGUAUUGCCCGAGAUAUUUGAUAGUUUUGCUGCGGAUUCCAUAGUCGAUCAACCUUCGCCACAAUUUGCGGUGGAAUGUUUUCCCGAGGACAGCCAACCGGAUGACGAUGGGUUUUACUACUGUUACGAUUCAACAUUUCUCGGUACAUCUGUCUCGGUACCUAAUCGAUGACAAUGUGUUUGGGAUCGUACGUCUACGGUAGUGCUAGUUUUAUAUUUGGUUUCGUUGAAAA